AUGGACAGGGCUGCAGACGCUCACACCGAGACACAGGUUGCUACUUUCAAGGAAUCUAUGGACAAUUUCCUGAAUACGCUGCAUUCAGUUGACGUUCGGCUCAAGCGGCAGAUCUGGGGUCUCGAGGAGGCGGGGUUGAUAUCGCUGAAAGAGUCCAGGUCGUCCGGGGUUUCUUUGGAGCCUAAUGGCGUUGGUGACAUUGGUAGUCUGGAUGUUGGUUGGCUGAAUAGCCGGAGCAACAAGGUCGAUCGUGAAAUGGAAGCUGAAUUGUGGUCCACGAUGAGGGCCACUGUGGAACGACUCAGCCAGAAUGACUCUGGUCGGAGAGAAGCAGGUGCUGAAAAGUGA